GAACCAGUACUGAACGAGUCUUUCUCAUAUACCACUUUUCCAUCCUGAUGUACACUCCCACCAAAUCCUUCACUUGCAAAAUGCUUCCAAGGCUUUCUUACACAAGUCCGAAGGUGUCCUUCUCUUCGUUUUGCUUCCAUGUUGUUGCUCUUCUCGUCUGCAACUUUAUCAUGGCCAGUUCUGCAACUACUGGCAAUGAAACUGAUCGACUAGCCUUGCUCGAAUUUAGGGCCAAAAUCAAUGGCGACCCACUUGGGGUUUUCAACUCAUGGAAUGAUACCCUACAGUUUUGCGAGUGGCGUGGUGUCACUUGUGGUCGUAGGCACCAGAGAGUCACCAAGCUCGACCUGCAGGCCCUCAGGCUUUCAGGUUCCAUAUCACCGCAUGUUGGUAAUCUGAGCUUCCUGAGGGAACUAUACCUCCAAAACAACAGCUUCAGCCAGUCAAUUCCUCCACAAAUCGGCCGCUUGCGCCGCCUGCAAGAGUUAUUCUUGAACACCAAUUCGCUUCGCGGCGAAAUCCCUCCAAACAUAUCUGGUUGCUCUAACCUUGUUAGGAUCCAAGUUCAAGUAAACCAGCUGGAAGGAUCAAUUCCAAUGGAGAUUGGCUUCUUGUCGAAGGUUCAAAACAUUUCUUUCGGGAACAACCAUCUAACAGGCUCUAUCCCUCCAUCUUUAGGGAACUUGUCAUCUCUUAAAGCUUUAUAUGCCUCUGACAAUAACUUUUCUGGGAGUCUGCCUCCUACUCUAGGCCAGUUAGAGAAUCUUAUGCUAUUACAACUUUCUAAUAAUGAGUUUUCAGGUAUCAUCCCAGCAUCCAUUUUCAAUCUCUCUUCAAUUUUAGCUUUCGAUAUACGGUCUAACCGGUUCACAGGUUACCUUCCCUUAGAGUUGGGCAACAAUUUUCCAAAUAUCAAAUUCUUUUCAAUCUCCUUGAACCAGUUUUCUGGAUCCAUUCCUAACUCAAUCUCCAAUUUUUCAAAUAUACUCAAAAUUCAACUUGGUGGAAAUAAGCUUAGUGGAAAAGUUCCUUCCUUAGAAACUUUACGUAAACUUGAAGGGUUCGAUGUAACCGGCAACCAUCUAGGUAUUGGAGAAGAUGGCGACUUGAAUUUUCUCUCUUCUUUGACCAAUGUCACAACUUUACAGUACUUGGGUAUAGCAAACAACAGUUUUGGAGGGAAGUUCCCUGAAAAAAUCUGCAACUUGUCAAGGAAUCUCAGAGGUUUGUUUUUUGAUUAUAAUCAAAUCUAUGGAAACAUUCCAAACGGAAUUGACAACCUCGUCAACUUGGAAAUUUUUCAAGUUACGAACAACAAACUUUCAGGAAACAUUCCUUCUAGCAUUGGAAAGCUUAGAAACCUGCGCGUAUUGUAUCUUUUUACCAACUAUUUCUCAGGAGAAAUUCCAUCGUCUCUAGGAAACUUGACAAAUUUAAUUCUUUUUAGUUUGAUGGAAAAUAAUCUUCAUGGCAUUAUCCCUUCCAGCAUAGGGCAGUGCCAGAGCCUAUUAGCAAUGGAACUUUCCUACAACAAUCUUAGCGGCACUAUACCCUCAGAAAUUAUGAGUCUCUCCUCCUUAUCACGAAUGCUUGACCUGUCUAAUAAUUACCAUUUGAAUGGUAAUCUUCCAAAAGAAGUUGAAAGGUUAACAAAUUUAGGCAUUUUGGAUGUUUCUAAUAACAUGUUGUCAGGUCAGAUUCCUGAGAGUCUUGGAAGUUGUGCAAGUUUAGAAAUUCUAAUCUUGGAUGGAAAUUUUUUCAGUGGUUCCAUCCCCUCCUCUUUAAUUUCAUUAAAGGGUCUUCAAACGUUAGAUCUUUCUCGUAACAAUCUGUCAGGAAAAAUUGCGGAGUUUCUGCAAGACCUUAAGUUGCAAAAGUUAAAUCUGUCGUACAAUAGUUUUGAAGGGGAAGUACCGACAAAAGGAGUUUUCAAGAAUGCAAAUGCAACAUCUGUUGAAGGAAACAACAAGCUUUGUGGUGGAAUCCCAGAACUUCAGCUGCCAAGAUGCAAUUUCGAUAAGCCAAAGAAAGGAACAAAGAAGGCAUUGAUCAUUUCAAUAACUUCUGUGGUUCUUGGUGUAACAAUAGCAUUUUUUUGUUUAUUUCUUUAUCGAUCAAGAAGGAAAAGAGAAGAAAAUGCAUCAAGCUCUUAUGACAAUAAGUUAAUUCAGGUGUCUUAUCAUAGCCUCUUGAAAGCAACGGAUGGGUUCUCUUCAGCGAAUCUGAUUGGUACAGGUAGCUUUGGAUCUGUUUAUAAAGGGAUUCUUGACCAGGAAGAAGAAGGAAGGCUUCUUGUAAUUGCUGUCAAGGUAUUUAACUUGGAUCGUCGAGGAUCUUCCAAGAGUUUCAUGGUUGAAUGUGAGGCAUUGAGGAGCAUCCGACAUAGAAAUCUUGUCAAGGUAUUGACAGCAUGCUCAAGCAUUGACCAUCAGGGUGAUGAUUUCAAGGCUUUGGUUUAUGAGUUCAUGAGCAAUGGAAGCUUGGAGAAGUGGGUGCAUCCUACUCCCACACCAGAUGAAGAACCAACAACUUUAAAUCUUCUUCAACGUAUAGACAUCGCAACUGAUAUUGCUUAUGCAAUUGAGUAUCUUCAUCUUCAAUGUGAGAGACCAAUAAUUCAUUGUGAUCUCAAGCCAAGUAACAUCCUUCUUGAUGAUGAUAUGACUGGACGUGUAAGUGACUUUGGGUUAGCCAAGUUCUUUUUUGAAGAGACCUUCCAUUCUUCAGCAAACGAGUCUAGUUCUGUGGGACUAAGAGGAACAAUUGGUUAUGCUCCUCCAGAGUAUGCUGCGGGAAGUGAAGUGUCAACGUAUGGUGAUAUAUAUAGUUAUGGCAUACUUUUAUUGGAGAUGUUCACCGGGAAGAGGCCUACUGAUAACAUAUUUAUUGAAGGUUUGAACCUCCAUAAUUAUGUUAAGAUGGCGUUGCCUGAACAAGUAGGAAACCUUGUAGAUCCAAUUCUUCUUGAAGGAAGAUCUAUUGACAGAACAAUGCAGAAUAACAUAAUUCUUGAGUGCCUGAUUUCGAUAUUCGAAAUUGGAAUCUCUUGUUCUGCUGAGCAACCACAUCAGCGCAUGAACAUCAGUGAUGCUGCUUCUCGACUCAGGUCUGUGAAGAACAAACUUCUUAAGUCUCGAGUGCAUUAAUGGAGAAAAGCUGAGAGUCCACUUUGAUCAUAGCCAAUUAUAUUAUAUGUUUCUAAUCUAUGCUAAAUGGUUUUAUUGAGUUGGUUGAGUUUCAAUCAUUUAGUCUUUUAAGAUAAAAUCAAUGGAUGUAAUGUGAUCAUUUGGUUGAAAUGAGUUCUAUAAAAUUAUUAUGAUGCAAGUGUACAUGUUCACUAAGUUUUAUAUAAUUACUAUUGUGGAUUAUCGUCC